AUGGAAGUCUUAUCGCUGGCCUCACUACCGGUGGGGUUCAGGUUUAGUCCGACGGACGAGGAGUUAGUCCGCUACUAUCUCCGGCUGAAGAUCAACGGCCGUGAUGACGACGUCAGAGUAAUCCAUUUUUCAGUGGUGAAGACAACAGACUCGGAGUGGCUCUUCUUCUGUCCUUUGGACCGGAAGUAUCCGAGCGGAAGCAGGAUGAAUCGGGCCACUGUUGCUGGCUACUGGAAAGCGACUGGGAAAGAUCGAAAGGUGAAAUCAGGCAACACCAAGAUUAUAGGCGUUAAGAGGACCCUUGUCUUCUACACAGGCCGUGCUCCCAAGGGGACACGAACCUGUUGGAUCAUGCACGAGUACCGCGCAACCGAGAAGGAUCUUGAUGGAACAAAGUCUGGCCAGAACCCAUUUGUGAUAUGCAAGUUGUUUAAGAAGCAAGAUGUUGUGAGUGGAGCAGCAACACCGGAAGAGUUAAAGUCAUGUGAAGCCGAACCAGCAGUCUCUUCUCCAACUGUUGUGGACGAGAUGAAGUCCGAGGUCGAGCUGUCUGAGGUGUCUCUGGCUUUCCCUAAAACCGACGACACAAAGCCUUCUGACGGCGCGGAAUCUUCCCUUGUAGUCUCCGGCGAGUGUAUUAGUGAAAACUCUGCCCCUGAAGUUACAACCUCCGAGCUUGACCAUAUCGAUUGGCAGUCGUAUCUGGAGUUUGAGACCCUGGAUUACAAUAUGUUCUCUCCGUUGCACACUCAGGUGCAAUCUGAGUUUGGAUCCUCUUUCCAUGAUUUUCAGUCUGGGUCUAGCGAGCUGUUCAGAAACCACAAUGGGGCUCACAUUCAGACUCAGUACGGUGCAAACGAUGCUGACGACUCAUAUAUGUUUGACCUCUUGGAUUCGGCCCUUCAGAUUCCCUAUGAGUUUACAGAGAAGAAACACAUAGCACAACAGACGCCACAAGAGACUCCAUACGAACCACAGAACCUCGUCAACACGUGCAACAAGAGCAAUGAUGUGUCUGGAACAGGAAUCAAGAUUAGGGCACGACGGGCACAAACCCCUGGUUGUGCUGAGCAGUUUGUAAUGCAGGGCGAUGCCUCAAGAAGGGUGCGUCUUCAGGUUAACCGCAACAGUCACAAGCCAGAAACAGACGAUGCACAACUUCAAAUCUCCAAGAAAGAGGUGGGAGUGAGUGGACGACACAACAAAAGAAAAUAUAACGAGAGGAUGUGGAAACUUCUUGAGAUCGAAGAGCGGGACCGGUUUCAUAUUCAAGAAGAUUGCAGCUAUGGGAUGUUCAUACAGAGGUCUGUUCAGAGCCGGUUUGGUUGCGGUUGUCUUUGCGAUGUCGGUUUGCAGUCUGACCGCAAAAUUCCGCUGAAGCUUGUGUUUGUCGGCCAAUUCAUGUUGUUGAGAACCAAAUAA